GGGGAAACCAAAACAUGGAGAAGAGGCUCCGGUCGUCUCUCAACUCAUCCGUCGAGGAUUUCCUCUCCGCCGCCGUCAUACUCUCUCUCAAAUCCUGCAAGCCUUCCCUCAAGACGCUAGUCCAUUCCAUCUCGCCUUCUUCUCCGGCCUCCGCCACUCUCCCUCCUUCUCUCCGCCGCUCCAUCUCCGAUUCAAUUUCCUCGUUCCAGAACCUUAGUCAACCCCCAUCUUCGUCGCCGCCGCCUCAUUCGCCUGACGCUGCCAAAUCGCCUCCGUCCAAGCGGCCUCGCCGUUCCUCCCGGAAGUCCAGCUCCACCACUUCCCAGGUAAACGAGUUCGGUUCCUCCCACAAUGAACCUAACAUCGACCACGAGAAGCAACGGACGCUCGAGAGCGUUCAAGUUCUCGCUUACCUCACUUUCCUCUGCAUUUCGCAUCCCAAGAAGCCCUUUCCGGCCGCGGAACUGUUGCCGGCUGUCCAGCUUCUCCAUGACAACUUGAUUCUGUUCGAAACGGACUCCAAUUUGCUGUCUGAGAUAUCGAAUUUGUGCGAGGAGUGUUGGAAAGAGGAAUUCCCGGGGAGAGAGCUACUCAUCUCGCAGUCGCUGCCGUUCCUACUGUCCAGGUCGCUGAGACUGAAGAAGAAGGUGGAUAUCCACAGGAUCUACCUUCUCCGCGAGGCGUUUGCUUUGUUCGAUUUUGAGGAUGAGAGCAUCGAGGAUUUGAAAUUGUUGCUUAUUCGGUGCUUUAUUGCUCCUCUCUUUUUGAAAACUGAGGAUGGGAAGAAGUUUCUUGCAUUCGUGUUGGGAUUGAGCAAGCAGGUGCUGAAGGAGGCUUUGGCCAUGAUGAAGUCGCAGAUCUCGUUUGGAAGGAAGUCAAUGUUGGAGGCGUAUGGGGAGAUUUUGUUUAGGGCUUGGAAAGGAGUUGGAGGGGAAUUGAAGGAUGAGAUCGAGAGUGGAUUUUUGCAGACUCUGAUUGAGGGUGCUAUACAUGCGAGCUCUGGGCCAUUGGCAGCUUCAAUUAGGCGAGUUGUUGGUGGAUUUGUUACUCAAAGGAUCAGUGAAGGAGUUGAGAAGCUCCUUUUCAGGCUAGCCGAGCCUGUGAUUUUCCGAUCACUGCAGGUUGCGAAUUCAAAUGUUCGUCUUAAUGCAUUGCAUUUGCUUUUGGAUCUGUUUCCCCUUGAAGAUCCUGAUUCAAACAAAGAAGCUAAGGAUUCACUGCUUGAUAGACAGUGCUUUUUAUUGGAGAGGUUGCUCGUGGAUGAAUGUCCAGGUCUGAGAGUGGUGGCAGUGGAAGGCUGCUGUCGUGUCCUCCAUUUGUUUUGGGAAAUCAUACCCUCCUCAACAAUCACAAAGAUACUUACCAAAAUUUUUGAUGACAUGACACAUGAUAUUUGCAGCGAAGUUAGGGUUUCCACAGUAGAUGGUAUAGCUUAUUUGCUUGGAAACCCUCAGUCUCAUGAAAUUCUCAAAGUUCUACUGCCCAGAAUGGGACCCCUGAUCUUGGAUAAUGUUGUUUCAAUUCGCGUUGCUGUUUUGGAUCUCCUCCUUGCUAUAAACGAUAGUCGGAAGUUCCAGUUUAAUAAGGUGGUCGGUCUUGAUGCUCUAUUGUCAACUCUAGCAAAUGAUCAAUCCCAAAUAGCCCAGAAGAUAACAAGACUACUUAUCCCAUCAUACCUUCCCUCAAAAGUUAACAAAGAAGAAGCUUGUAGUCGUUGCAUCACUCUCAUAAAGAGGUCUCCCGUGGCUGGCGCAAGGUUUUGUGAAUUUGCUGUAUCAGAAGGGGCCUCACUAAAACAUGCCAUGGAGCUAGUCCAAGUAUUGGUUAACUCUGUUCUCUCGCAAGAUAAGGCUGAAAAGGAUCAAGUUGAGGGCAUGCUUGUGGCUUCUGCUCACCUUUGUAGAAGUGUAGUUAGUGAACAACGUUGUCAGACUACCCUUAAAGACUUCCUUUCCGGUGUUAAUGCCAAGAGCUUGUUUGCUGCAGCAUCAACUCCUCGUGCUCAAUCUUCUGUCAUCAGCAUCUUCUCCAUUGUGUCUCCAGAAGAUGUGACUCAGCAUGUUGAAGAGUGCAUGCGCCUUAUUACAUGUAGUAGUGGAGUAUCUCAGGAUAAAGAAAUGCAAACCCAAGUGAAGUCUGCUCACAAUUUAUUGAUGUCUUGUGAUGCCUUCGAUCACAUGUUCGGGUCUUUGACAAAUAUUUUGGAGAAAACAGCCUAUCGUUGCCAUGUUAAAUUUGGGAUUGAAAUGUCAGUUAAGAUGCCCAAUGGGAAACGGAGAAAGGGUGAGUCAACGGUCAAGUCUUCAGCCAAGUGGAAACACAUGAGAGGGAAAAAGGCAUCCAGUUUCGAGGAGGAUUAUUCUAUUGCUGUGGCAGUAGCUUGGCAGCUGAAAGAGUUGCUUGCUGUUGUGGAUGGCCAAAAGGCUGUCUUAGGGUCUCAAGAUCUAGAGCAGGCAUUUCUUGCUUUAAAGGAUAUUUCAGAGGCCACCAUAUUGCAGGCAGCAUGCUGUGAUUACAUGGAUGCUGAACCUGUUUUAGCAUAUAUGGCACUCUCCUUGCAUAAAACUCUUCAAAGCUUAAUCACAAGAGGUACAGGUGAUAGUUCAGUUUCAACAUCAGAGAAGUCUGUACUGGACGAGACAGUGGACCACAUUCUUUACUGCAUCGAGCGGCUUCUUGGAGAAUCAACUGAUUCAAGAUCAGACUCCGUCAACAGAAAAGCUGAUAGUAAUGGGAAGAGACAAAGGGAGCGUCAAGCAGAUGUGUCUAUAUCAAACAAUGAUGAAUUGGCGAGUGCUAAGGUGACAAGAAUGGCAAAUAAGGUGAAGAUGCAGACUGCAUUACUCAAGUUCAUCACUGACUGCAUUGCGAUGGACUUUCUUUCUCAGAUCCACCGAAGGUGCUUAACAUUCGCAUCGAUCUACCUAAAAGAUGUCGUGUCCACUUUUGGUCAACAACAACCGAAUGAAAAUUUCUCGACCUCCAAUUUGUCAAAAGACAUCUUUACUUGUCUGAAGAGUUCGUUCAGUUAUGCUGCCAAGUUGCUCAAUCUCAUUCUCAAUGCAGCUACCAGCAAUGAAGCUUCACAAGAGGCUUUCGAACUCACAAACACAAUGUUCGAUCUAAUUAUAUGUGUUGAAGCACACUUCGGUUCUCGUGCUGCAUCAUCCCUUGUUGCAGCAGCAGCGAAGCCUUGGUUGCCUGAUCUAGCUCUUGCGUUAGGGUCUGGAACCUUACUCAGAAAGAGGGAAGAAGAAAUUGCAACUUCCAGUGAAUUACUGCAUAUGAAGCUCCAUUUUCCAUCGUGGCUACACAUGCUAGCGAAGGUUGAGCUGCAUCAAAUGAGUAAGAGGAGCUCCGAGGAGCCGGGGGAAGAAGGUGGUAACAUUUCAGAAGAGCCUGGGGAAUUAUUGCCUACAUUUGGAAGAUUCAUGGAUAUGAUGGUGACAUUGUUGAGAGCAAACAGAACUGUAAUGGAUGCGGUUGGGAUGAUUUUCUUGACAGGAGCAGUGGUUGGAUUGGAAAGAAGGGAUUUCGGAUUGGUGCUGGGGAUGCUCCACUUUGUUUGCGUGAAGUUGGUGGAAGAAGAUAGAGAAUGGAGUCAACUUGAUGCAAUGUUGACUUCCCUCCCCGAGAUAUUCCCGAUAAUCGAGAGACAGGUUGAAGAAGAACAAAAUGAGGAAGAGGCAAGGAAAGAAUUGGAGAAGGCCAAAGCAUUGCUUGAACCUGUUUGGUUGUACCAUGUUUAUGAAACUGGUAAGUUCUGUGAUGCUGAGGAUUUGGAAUAGAGGAUUCUGCCAUGAACAAUAUUAGGAUAAGGAGAUGUUUUAGAUGAUGAUCCUAGCUUAGGACUGAGUCUGUCUGCGUUGGGGCUACUAACUCUGCUAUUAUCUCAGAUAGCUUAAUUUUGUUGUGAACAGAAAUUCUGCAUUUCUUAUACCAAUGUGUCUCAAGUACAAGCUCAUCAAAAUAAAGAGGCUAAAAAAAUCAAAGUGCUCUGCUAAAAAAGGAAACAAACAAUCAAACGUUCAUACUCCAUUAGUCAAACCUGGUAAACUUGGACCCUACUAAGAAUCAUAUAUAGAGGAGUUUCCCUGUUACUUGGACUAUGCGCCACCAAGAAGUUUCCCUUUAGGACUAAACUACAUCAUCAACAUAUUACCUUUGUUCUCAAAAUUGCAAUUCAAGAGACAGCCCCUCUCAUCUCUUGACUUCACAUUGUUUCAAACGGGAACUAGUUUCAAGAUAGCAGCAAUCGGCAUGCCAAUGAACCCGAUCAAAACACAGGCUCCCCACUGAUGUGACGUCAGAUGUGUCGUGUUAGCAAACGUUCCUAGAAACUCGAUAAUUA